UAUCUUCCACUCCCCAAACCCAUUCACUCUCAUCACCAUUUUCUCUCAUUUUCAUUCCAAUCUCAACAAAAAAAAAAAAGAAGAAAUCUCCAAUACCCACUUCCAAAAACCAAUCCAACUCAAAGAAAUUCCCCGAUUUUUUGAUCGAAUUCUGGCAAUUCCCGACAUGGGUCUCCCCAUAGAUGAUGCUCCUCAUGCCCGCUACUACCACACCCACAAGGCUUUCCUCUUCUGCAACUACAUCCUCCUCGGCGCCGCCUCCAGCUGCAUCUUCCUGAUGCUCUCGCUCCGCCUCAUCCCCUCCGUCUGCGGCGUCUUCCUCAUCCUCCUCCACGUCCUCACCAUCGUCGGGGCCGUCUCGGGGUGCGCGGCCGCCUCCGCGGGGACCGGGAAGUGGUACGGGACCCACAUGGUGGCGACGGUGCUGAUGGCCAUCUUCCAGGGGUCGGUGUCGGUGCUGGUGUUCACGAGGACGUCGAGCUUCUUGGAGAAACUUGAGUCAUACGUAAGGGAAGAGGAUGGGGCUGUGAUACUCAAAUUGGGAGGUGGAUUGAGUGUGUUGAUAUUUUGCUUAGAAUGGGUGGUUUUGACGCUUGCCUUCUUCUUGAAGUAUUAUGCUUAUGUUGAAGGAGGAGAUGGAAAGGCAAUGGUGGUCAGAAGGAGUGCCAAGGUUAAGCAGGAGGAAGGUUUGAAGUUUCAGCAGGAGGAAGAUUUGAAGGAUUGGCCGUGGCCUUUCCAAGUUUGAACUUUUUUUCUUACUAUUUUUCGUUUUUUGGGGUCUCAUUGACAUCACUAUCCAUGAUAUGGUGAUAUAUUAGAUCUCUAUAUAUGCGUGUAUUGUAUUGUUUCAUUCUUUUUUUCAUGUUUCGUUUUGCUUAUUGGGUUAUUUGUUCAAUUCGUUAUAUAUAUGUUGAUGAGAUGACUAUUCUAUUGUUAUAGAAUUA